AUGCCACCCACCAACAUCCUCCUAAUCGGCGCUGGCGAACUGGGCACCGCCGUCCUGCACUCCCUCAUCCACCACCCCACCCGCACCAAUAACAAACCCUCCCUCUCCCUCCUCCUCCGCCCAAGCAGCAUCGCAUCCCCAAAACAACCCCCCUUCCCAGGCGACAUUGCCGCCGACUCCCCCGAAACCCUCACCGCCCUCUUCCGCCCCUACGACCUCAUAAUCAGCUGCGCCGGCUUUGUCGCGGGCCCCGGCACCCAGCUGAAAAUAACCCGCGCCGUCCUCGCCGCCGGCGUCCCCUUCUACAUCCCCUGGCAGUUCGGCGUGGACUACGACGCCAUCGGCCGCGGCUCCGCGCACGACCUCUUCGACGAGCAGCUAGAUGUGCGCGGGCUGCUGCGCGCGCAGGAGACGACGCGGUGGACCGUGGUGUCCACGGGGAUGUUUACGAGUUUCUUGUUCGCGGCGGGGUUUGGCGUUGUGGAUCUGCCGGCACCAAGGGGGGAGAGUGCGAGGGUGCGGGCGCUGGGCGGGUGGGAGAAUCGGGUGACUGUCACCGCGCCGGCGGAUAUUGGUAGAUUAACAGCUGAGAUCGUGUUGGGCGAUGACGGGUUGCUGGGCGCUAAUGGGCCUGUGUUUGUCGGUGGGGAUACGCUAAGUUAUGCGCAGGUGGCCGAUUUGGUGGUGAAGGUUACGGGGAGGGAAGUUGAGAGAUCGGUUUUGACGGUUCCGCAGGUUCUGGAGAGGUUGGAGAGGGAGCCCGAUAAUGCGUUGUUGAAGUACUAUGCUGUUUUUGGGGCGGGGAAGGGUGUUGCAUGGGAUUUGGAGGAGACGUGGAAUUUCCGGAAGGGGAUUCAUGCGAUGACGGCGGAGGAGUGGGCGCGGGAAAAUUUGUGA